AUGCUGGGGGAAGUUAACGGCUAUUCUUGUCCUUUACCGCCCCAUAAUAUAGCAUCUGAUAUUUUCCCAUGUUCCAUCACGCCUCUACAGUUUGACCGCAUAACUCCACACGAAAUCUUCCCACAGCUUCCUGUUAGUCAAUUUGUUUAUCCACUAAUUCUACCACCCUCGGAUGACACGGUUGAGUACAAAUGCGUCAAUGACAUUCAGAACCGUCGUCGGAAAAUGAAAAAGCACAAGCGCAGAAAGUGGAGGAAAAAGUUUGCCUCCCUCAUUCGCAAAGCCCAGCUGCAACGCGCAAAGAAAAAUGAGCGCAAACUGCAGGAACUGCUCGAACUUUGGCGAAGUCGCUCCGAGGCCUGGGACCCAGCUGCCAAAGUUGAGCAACGUCUAAUGUUUGCGCGGCGGUCAGGCUACUAUGAUACAAAUCCCAGAUCGGAGGCCUCUAACCCCGUGUCGGAUACUGUGGAGGGGCAAAAAGCUCUCCUUGAAGCCACCAGCAUAAUUCGAGAUCUCACACUGGCACUUAAUCGGGUGUACGAAAAUAUUCGCGACAUUCAAGGGACGCGGCGCUUGAAUGCUGACCUCUCUAAAAACUUCAAGGAACGCGUUGAGACCUUCCAGCACUGCCGAAACACAGUCAGGAGGACUUUCAAUACGGUCUCCGAGGCCUGCUCCAGUUUCGGUAUUGACGAUCCCGAAGACAUUAUACCUUACGCGGAUACGCCCGACGUUCCUGCCGCCCCAAGUACAGACAAUGAGAAGGUACUACAGCUGAAGGUCGAACGUGAAAAUUUACUGAAGGAAAUCGCCAAAGUUGACAGAGAACUCCUAGGCUACAGAGAAAUCCUCACAUCCGCGUUGUGGGAGUUAAACGACCUGAUGUACCCCGUUAGUAACUAG